CGAGUGAGAGAGUAGCGAUCUCGUUUAGUGGUUUUGGGGUGUCCCACUUCCUUCAGCCUCCUCACACGAUUCUUCGGCGCGGUUUCGGGCCCAGCGGGCUCAGCCCCUAACCAUGGACUCCCAGAAAGAAGCUCUGCAAAGGAUUAUUUCAACUCUGGCAAAUAAAAAUGAUGAAAUUCAGAACUUUAUUGAUACACUGAAUCAUACAUUAAAAGGAGUUCAGGAAAAUUCUUCUAACAUACUUUCAGAGUUAGAUGAAGAAUUUGAUAGUUUGUACUCUAUAUUGGAUGAGAUGAAAGAAAGUAUGAUUAGCAGUAUCAAACAGGAACAAGCUCAUAAAUCACAAGAGUUACAGAGUCAGCUUAGUCAAUGUAAUAAUGCCCUGGAGAACUCUGAAGAACUACUAGAAUUUGCGACACGGUCACUAGAUAUAAAGGAACCUGAAGAAUUUUCAAAGGCUGCCAGACAGAUCAAGGAUAGAGUCACAAUGGCAUCAGCCUUUCGCCUUUCUUUGAAACCAAAGGUCAGUGACAACAUGACUCACUUAAUGGUGGAUUUCUCUCAGGAAAGACAGAUGCUGCAGACUUUGAAGUUUUUGCCAGUUCCCAAAGCUCCAGAGAUAGAUCCAGUAGAGUGUUUGGUGGCUGACAACUGUGUAACAGUAGCAUGGAGAAUGCCAGAAGAAGAUAAUAAGAUUGACCAUUUUAUACUAGAAUAUAGGAAAACUAAUUUUGAUGGACUUCCACGUGUAAAGGAUGAGAGGUGCUGGGAGAUAAUUGAUAAUAUUAAGGGUACUGAAUAUACACUAUCAGGUUUAAAAUUUGAUGCAAAGUACAUGAAUUUCAGAGUGAGAGCUUGUAACAAGGCUGUGGCUGGAGAGUAUUCUGAUCCAGUGACUCUAGAGACCAAAGCACUUAACUUCAGUUUGGAUAACUCGUCAUCCCAUUUGAACCUGAAAGUUGAAGAUACCUGUGUAGAAUGGGAUCCUACUGGAGGAAAAGGUCAAGAAACUAAAAUUAAAGGAAAAGAGAACAAGGGCAGUGUCCAUGUUACUUCACUGAAGAAACAUACAAGAAGUGGUACACCAUCCCCCAAACGGACAUCUGUAGGUUCCAGACCACCAGCAGUAAGAGGCAGCAGAGAUCGUUUUACUGGGGAAUCAUACACAGUGCUGGGAGACACUGCUAUUGAAAGCGGACAACAUUAUUGGGAGGUGAAGGCCCAGAAAGAUUGUAAAUCCUACAGUGUGGGAGUAGCGUACAAAACUUUGGGGAAAUUUGACCAACUGGGAAAGACAAACACUAGUUGGUGUAUCCAUAUCAACAACUGGCUACAAAACACAUUUGCAGCAAAGCAUAAUAAUAAAGUCAAAGCCUUGGAUGUUACUGUUCCUGAGAAAAUAGGUGUAUUUUGUGAUUUUGAUGGAGGUCAGCUUUCUUUCUAUGAUGCAAGCUCAAAACAAUUGUUGUAUUCUUUUAAGACAAAAUUUACUCAGCCAGUGCUUCCUGGUUUCAUGGUUUGGUGUGGUGGACUUUCUUUGAAUACUGGGAUGCAGGUUCCAAGUGCUGUUAGAACACUUCAGAAAAGUGAAAAUGGAAUGACUGGUUCAGCUAGCAGCCUGAACAAUAUUACUCAGUAAUGCCUACUCAAUAUAUUAACCCCCGUUUUGAUUGGGAGACUUCUGUGCAGUUACAAAUCACAGGAAUUUGUGAGUGGUGCAUAUCAGGUUUGCUACCUUUUGCUUUAAGGCCUGGAGUCUGUUAGCAUUAUACAUCUAAUAUGAAGCAUUUGCAGAAACUUACUGUGCAAUUUCAUAGAAGCAAGCAGAUACCGAGUGAGAAACUGACAUUUCGAAGAAUAAGAAGAAAGGCAGUGUUUAAAUUUUUAUAUAGAAACUCAUUUUUGUGUUUCUUGGAUUUUUGUUUUUUUUUUUUGAUCUUCUACUAUUUUAAUUACAGAUGGCAACUGUAGAACCUGGGGUGGAAAGCUUUUAAACCUUACCUUUUUUUCUCUAUGCUUUCUCUCUCUCUCCCUCUCUCUUUUUUUAAUCUCAUUAUUACCUAUUAUUUAGUUCUUACACUGAAGCUUUAAAAAUAUACUGUCCAUUAAGGUUUUUCAGAAAUUGAUACCAUUGCUUGGGGAUGCUAUAAAGGUUUUCUUAUAAUGGUUUAUUUUUCCCGUUUUAUAAAUUUGUUGAGUUUUGCUAAAUUAUCUCCCUUGUUUGUUGACUACAUUGUAUAUCAUUUUCUCUUUUCCAAAAUAGUGUAAUAUUUCCCUUAUGGUUAUAACUCAAAAUAGAGAAUAGAUAGGGGGAGUUUCUAGGGAUAAUAGCUUAAACCCAUUGCUGUUGAGUCGAUUCCGAAUCAUAGCAACCCUAUAGAACAAAGUAGAACUGCCCUGCAGGGUUUCCAAGUCUGUAAUCUUUAGGGAAGCGGACUGCUACAUCUUUCUCCUGCGGAGCAGCUGGUGGGUUCAAGCCACCAACCUUUCAGUUAGCAGCUGAGCACUUAACCACUGUGCCACCAGGAUCACCCAAAUUUCAGUUCUACACCUGUUGUACUAAUGCAGUGACUAGAGGAUAUUCUUUAUAUGUUACCCUGCUUAAUUAGACUUUUCAUUCAGUCACUUUGGAUGAUGGGUAAGAUUUUUUUUAAGCCUUAUAUUUUCUGACUUUGUUGCCUAGUUUAAUCCCACUUUUAAUAGUCGUCUUUGAUAAAAUUUCCAAUUAAAUUUGGUAAGAACUGAUAAUAAUUAUACUGAUUUUUAACCUUUUUAGUAGGGGUGAAAUUUUAUUAAAGUUACAUGGAGGGUAGAAAAACCUACCCUGUUCACUUUUUGUCUAAGAAGGGUAGGUUAUAAAGUGAGGUGCUUAAAAGUAUUCUUUACUGAAGUAAUUUAUAUCUGCUUUUUAAUAAGAUAUGAAAUUGUUUAAAGAGUUGUUUUGAAAAAAAAAUCUACAUUUCCCUGACUGAAUUGGCACAUGGAUUUUUCAAACAUAACUAUCCAGAGGUUAUUUUCCUCUCCCGUCUUCUGCUGCAUUCACUUGCUUUGAAAAGGGGUAUGAUUCUUCCACCAAUCAACACAGAAUAAUCUUCCACAAACUAGGGGAAAAUGUGUUAAACUAUGAGUAAAACCUGUAGUUAUUGAGCAGAACAUAUCUAUUCUUAAAAAGUGGGUUAAAAUUUGUAGCCCAAGUCGUUUAAACCAAACAAAAAGUUGUGAUUACAGUAUUUAAGAAUUCCAUGAGCACUUUUAAGAUGUCUGAAUUUUUAUUUUCCUUUAUUUUUUAAUCUUUUAAUUAUUCUCCUUGACUUUCUGUGAUUUUCAUAUCAAAUGUCUUGUGCUAUGACAACCUUUUUCCAAGAAGUGACUAUUGCUGCUUGUAUUUGAGUUGCUUUCUACAGAAAGACUUGUAGAAUAUAGCUCAUUCUCUCUUCAAGUUUACUGCUUACUGAUAGAAUGUUAUGUUCUAUUGGUAAAACAAAUCUAAAUGAGAAACUUUAUUUGAACUGGAGUAUUAUUUUUCCAGAGAAAAUUUUUAUCUUCACUAUUUUCUGAUGAUACAUUGGUAACUUUAAAGACUAUAAGGAAGUUUAGAGAAUAAAAUAUGCCCGUACGUAUUCUUUUCAUUCUCAAAUAUAAUUUUCAUUUUUAUUCCUCAUAGAGAAUUUUGAAACAAAUUUUCAUAUGUUCUGUUCCCUAUAGUGGGAUUAUUCCAGGACCUAAAGAAGCAGGAUUUUAUAAUCCCUUUUCUAUAGACUCAAACUUGAAAUAGUAAUUUAGCGGUCGAGUUGCUUUAUGUGAACCAGCUACACAGUUUACUUUAGCAAACAUGACAGAAAAAGCCAGAAGCUCUUGUAUAAAAUUUUUAUGAUUAUGUCUUAUAUAUUAUAAAUGUGUCUUCUGAUUAAUUCAGUGCCUUCUUCCUCUAAGCAUGCUCUUGCCCCAUGCCCUAUGCAGUGUCAACUGAUAUUUAAGGCAGAAAGCAUUAUGUUAUACUGGUGAGGGCCUUCUAUUGCAGGGGGAUGGGGAAAAUAAUUAAUCAGGGGCUGGAGAGGUGCAUUUGAUUCUUUCCUGUGCUCAUGCCAUCAUUUGAGACUGCAUAUAUGGGUUUUUCUAAUAUUCAUUUGGAAAAUAUAUUAAUCUCACUAGGGAGGUUUUGUUUCUCAGAAGUUUGUACUAAUAAAUAUGAAGUUAGUAAAUCCAGACUCCACGUUCUCAUCACAUAUGAUCCUUAAUAUUAAAUUAUACUAUUAUUACUUCACAAUAAGAAUCUGAGGUUUUUCUCUUCCUAUGCUUCUCCUUAAAGUUCUCUAGAGAACAGAAUGUGUAGGUUUUUUUUGUUUUGUUUUGUUUUGUUUUAAGUGAAUUUGCUGUUAAGUUAAACUAAUGAAAGUUGCCACCCUCAUUUUUAAACUAGAAAAUAAUCAAUUAUAGUGCCUAUUUAAAUAGUCUCCAAAUAAGGUAGCUAUUAACUUGAUGAUAAUACAUAACAUUCUCAUUUACAUUUGAAUUAAAUUUAAAAGUAUUGGGCUCUUUUGCUGAAUUUCAUACAUUGUAAAAAGUUGAUCAACCCUUUAAAGUAUUUUUUAUUGCUUUAUUUACUCUUUGUUUUGCCAGGUCAAACAUGAUUGCUUUCUAUAAGGAAAUGCGUGAGAGGUUGACUGUAAUGGAUGUAUGACAGGUGUAAAAUAUGUUUGAUUAAAACAUACAUUUAGUAUUGCAUUUCUCUUUUAACAGUUGAAUUCCAAACCAGUUUUAGUAAACUGCAUUAGGAAAUGAAGGAGCUGCUUUAAGCACUUUAGAAAAAGAAUUUUUUAUAAUUCAUUUUGACUUUUUGGACUAACCAUGUCUUUAACUUGGUAUAUACAUAUACCAAGCAUUUCAUAACUGAAUGCAUCUAGUGAAUUAACACACAGUGAUUCUUUGUAUGUUCCAGGAGUUACGUUAGUAAACAAAGUGAAAGUAUUAGGGGCAUAGCUAUCUGAACAUGGAUUUAAUUGAUGGCAUCUAUACUAUUUUGACAAACAUGAACUACCGUACAGUUGGGGACUUGGCCUGCUUACUCUAUUCUGCAAACAGUAAUUUUUCCUCAUGUUUUCAUCUAAAGAGACAUAUUGGUUUGCUUUUGUUUACUCAUUUAUAAAAUUAAAGCAUGAAUGGUAUCAUGUAUGAUUAGAUUUUUUGAAGCUGGUCCUUGGUGGUAUAAAUAAUACAUGGAAAUAUUUGUAAUGAAACCUUUUUAUUAGGCUGAUAAUCUAUGUUAUGACCUACCUAGAAUAAUUAGUUUUUCCCUAUAUACUUUUUCCAUAAAAUUAUAGUUAUUUAUGUAUUUUUAAUUGUUUCUUUUGGAACAAUUGGGAAAAAAGUUUGGAAAAGGAUAUAUAUGGAAAAUGUUUAUUUCGAAGAAUAUAGAAUGUAGACUUCUUAUUCUAGAAUAUCUGAUGCCAUAUUUAAAAAAAAUUUGGAACUAUGUUUUCAGUUCAUAAAUACAUUUAAUAAUUCUGAAGACAAAAAUGUUAGAGCAGUGUUCAUUCAUGGUUAAUUCAUACGAAUAUUUGAGUGUCUGGUGUGGCAGUCAAAAUUUAAUUACCGUUAUCUUCACAAAUAACGUGCCAAUGUAAAUAACAUGCAUACACGUAUAGCACACGUAGCACGCUUAAUAAUGCACAAGGGGGUUGCAUGGUUGGCAAAAAAGUAUACCACGCACGUUAUUUGUGUAAAAAUAUGGUAGUUUCUAUUCAGAUUUCUCAAAUCAGUGAAGUUUGAUUAAUUGUGUGGAUAGUUUUGCUGCUGUUGAGUAGUGUAAUAAAGUUUGCAUCUUAAAAAUAAUGUUUGCUAGUAGGUCAGAAGUUUAAAAGAGUGAAUUUGUUAUAGUUUGUUAAAAAAAAAAUUCUAAUGAACUGAAUAUAAUGUGGUUCACUUUAUACAGUCACCUAAAAUUGGGUUUGGAAACGUUUUCUUCAUUGAUUUUAUUUUUAUACUGGAUGUACUCUUUUAGGGAAGUAUAUGGCCAGCAUAAGUUUACUAAGCAUCCAGGUAACGGUAAGUUAUUUCAGUUAUUUUUAACCAAAAUUGACAUUUCAUAAUGUGGGCACUGGAACAUUAUAAGAGAUCAUGAGUGUUUUCUUAAUCAUCACAGAAAGAUUACCUCAUAUUCAGAAUAGUUUUAGUUUUAUGUGUAUCUUACAGUAUUCACAUUCUAAAGAUAUUUAUAAUCUUGAUAUGUCACAUAUGAUUUUGUUACCUGGAAUAUUUGAUUUAACCUAAAUACUCCUAAGAAUUUUGAGUAAGUUAGAGUUUAUAUGGAUAACAUUCGUUGUAUAUUGUUUUCAUCAAAAAGAGAUUGUUGAACAUACCAGGUAUAAGGGAAUAUUGGCUUAUACAUAAAGACCAGAAAUUGCCAUGGUACUUUUCUCUUCAGACUACCCAGUUAUUAAACUAAAACAGUAUUUGUUAUUUCUGGGUCAGUAUAAGGUACUAAUUUUUGAUUCAAAAUGAUUUAAGCUAUGUUAGUUUAAACAGAUAUGUUUUCUUAAUGACACCUGUUCUAUAUAAGUGGGUCCUUGAGAAUGGACAUGUAGAGGAUUUCAUAGUAUGUAGGCAGAAGGUAGGUGAAUGUGUUUAUUUUGGUUUGGAGCUUAUUUAGUAUACACCAAUUUUAAAUAAGUCAAACUGUAAGUGAUUGGUAAAGGCAUCUUUAUUAGUAUUAGAACUUUUCGGAGAGCAAAGGCUUAUGGAAUGCAUUUUUUUUUUAAACAUUUCCAGUAUCUCUGAGGUACCAAAGCAAUGAGUCUAAUUUACCUUUAAAAUCAAAUUUAUAACUAGUUCAUACUGUAAGAUACAUAAUAGCUAAAUUUUUGAAAUUAUAUUAAAAACCACUAGUCUUUAAAAUCUCUGGAUAUGAUAUAAAAAAGAUUUUUGCUUCAUCUCUUUUAAAGUACUUAAAAUUAAUAACCUUAGCUUUACCAUGUACUAAAUUUAUGACUUCUGUAUAAGUCAUUUGUCUUCUUUAUCUCCAUUGCCUUGCCUAUAAAAUUACAAUCUUUUUAGCCUACCUCACAGGGCUGUUGUGAGGAAUAAAAUAAAACAAGAGUGUGUGGAGUUGCUUCAGAGACCGUAAAAUGCUAUGUAUGUGUAAGGUAUUAUUUUUAGUUAAUGGAUUUGAUGCUUCUCCAUGCCAUUUACUUUGAUAAAGCAUGUGCUUGAAAGUGGUAUCACCAAUGAUUUCAAACGUGAUUAAAAAAAAAAAAAGGAAAUAAUUGUCAAAGACUUAAAUAAACAGAAUUGAAAAUUGCCAGUUAAAAUGUCCUUUAACAUUCAUUUAGUUUGUGCAUGAUCUGCGGCCUUUUUGUAGUUUCUCAUCAAGCCCAUUACCCUGUAACAAGAGUUAUUAGAGCUGUAAAAUUACUCCCUUAGCAGUAGUGUGUCAUUGUGGAAUAGUAGCAUAAAUAAAAACUAAACUAAGCUAUAUCUCCUUCGAGGCAUUUGAACUUUCAAUUUAGGAUGGCCGAGUGCCACAUACAAAGACUGAAUUUGGCCUAAAUAAUUCCAAACAACUAAAUGAUUCAGCAGUUGUUGUCACUGGAUAAGCGAUACUAAGAUGUGCUGCCUGAACAUCUGGCAGCUUCGUUGCAUUGUCAUUUUUCAAAAUAAAAUGAAACCUUGUUAACCUGGAAGUCGUUUAGUAUCUCUCCUGCCAUAGUUGUUUUGCUUUAAAAUUGGAUUUAUAAAUGUUUUACAGAUUGCCUUAAUCUACACAUUAUUUUGUAUGUCUAUCAUUUGGACAUGGUUUUGCUAUGCAGUUCUGAUAAUAAAAUUUUUAAUUCCUUAGGUUUUACCUUUAAGUUAUUGAUGAAGAAAACUAAUAAACUACUUAUGAUGUACUCAGUGCUGCAAAAGAUUGUUUUAAUAAGCAUAUUGACUCAUCUUCCUUAGAAACAAGACAAAACCUUUAAAAUGGUUUUUUAACCUUAAAGUAGGGGUAUUCAAAGUGGAGUAACUUGUAUGAUGAAAUGACUGUAUGUUCUUUAUAGAUAUGACUGAGUUAAAGUUUCCAAAAGCACCUGGGCUGUGUCAUCUAAAAAAUAAACUUUUUUCCUGCCUUCUUUUACUUCAGUGGUUUCAUUUAUCAACUCUUUUAUUGAGUAUCUACAAUGUGCUAUUGGGAUAGACAAGAUUAAAAAGUCACAGUUCCUUUGCCCAAAAAGCUUUAUGUUUUAGAGUAGUGCUGUUCAACAGAAUUUUG